CUUAAAAGCGUACUUACUUUUCUGUUUCGGAUUUCUAUAUUUUCGUAGGAGCAGCGGUAAGCACUUCUUGUGCAGCAAGAUCAAGAUGUGCCGUGCUUCCCGAAGAUUGAUAUUCAUGUUUGACGGAGCGGUAGGAGUUGGUGGGGCGACGAGGGAAGCACCGAGCUGCUGCGGAAGAUAACUUCACACGACGACUGUCAGUAUGGCCAGGCUUCUGCGGAUCUUGCACCUGCUGUGCGCGGCCAGUGCAGACCGAGCAAUCCCUCCUACCAACCACGACAGGAGUGCGGACGCCGCGCUGCACCAUGAGGCUCAGCAUAGGUUGGUAACUGAGAAGGCGUCCUCGCCCCAGCAACACUCUACCGAUAUUCAUCCCGAUGGGGUGAACGAGGAAAGCAGCGACAAAGCGAAAAGAUCCGCAGGCGCAGCCCCGACUGCCCGUAGUCGCGGAAAAAUAAAAUCUGAAGACGCAGCUGCAGCAGCGGCACUUCUUCAACAUGAAAAUCAAAACGCGGCUCUCGACCAACAGCUGAUCCUCGAGUCCGGUCUUCGUGAGCAAAAAAGCAGCAUGCUGUCCGCGCGCAAGCUUCAAGCGGCGUUUGACGGGAAGCCAAGACCGAAGGAGCCCAACGCGUUUCUGCCGAUGAGCCGCCGCGAGGGGAUGGAGUACGCCGGGGUGCGCAAUCUCACCAAGGACCACGUCUACGAACAGAUCGCCAUCCUCCUGCUCGCCUUUGCGGUCACGGGGCUGAUGAUCUUUGGGCUCUGGUACGUGACCGACCGGGUGAACUUGACGCACCCGCCCAACGAGGUGCGCGUGGACCCCUACACCGGCGAGGACCUGCCCCGGCCCUUCCAGUUCCUCCGCGACGAGGACUUUCAGGACAAAGUGGCGGGGUACAUGGAAACGUUCCGCGAGAACAACUACUACCUGUCGACGGUCCUGUUUUACCACUUGGGCCAGUCCCUCCUGUUCGUCAUCAAAGUGUACGACGUGCGGGACGAGAUCCCCUGGUACGUGUUGCUGCUGGAAGCCGUGCUCGGCCUCCUUCUGUUCGUCGACCCGUUCGUGACCAACCUGCAGUGUUUCAUCAUGAGCGAGUUCGGCACUUUGGAAAAGCUCAAGUACAAGGAGCUCGCGACCGAGACCAUCGCGCUGAUUGCGCCGAUGCUGUCGCUGGUGAUCUCCCGGCAGCACGAGUACGAUAAGGAGGCGGGCAACUACCUCGCGGAUCCGGGCAACACGAUCGGAACCUUCUGGUUCUCGUUUCGCUACUUCGGGUGUAUUCGCUUGCGGAAGUACUACUUACUGCUUUUCCCGGAGAUGUCUUCGGUCCGCUCCCCCGUGGCGCGCGCGUCCUACGCGGUGAUUCUGCGAUUCUUCGAGGUCUUCAUCUUUUUCUACGUGGUUAUGGGAGUGUCAGAAUCGAAAUUGACAAAGUAGAAAAAUUUGUGAUGCACAAAAUCGAUGUCAGUUGGAGCCUCAGUCUCCAAGUGGCGCAUGACAAAUUUCGAGAGCCCCCAAAUACAGUCUGUGAUGCUGUUUGAGCAAAGAAGACUGCUCCUGUCAUGCUACUCUGGCAGCACAUUGCAUACCCAUAAACAGGCUCACAAUCGGUCUCAUUUGCCUGCUCCCCAAUACAAGCUUUCAGUGACCUACAUUUUAUGCAUCACAAGUUUUUCGAUUUUGUCGAUUUCGAUCCUGACACAUCCAUAGUGGUGGUUAGCACCUUAUGGGUGGUGGAGUUCGCCGAGGGCUUGUUCCCGCGACUCCUGCCCCAGGCGAACAACUGGACGCUGGACGCGAGUCUGUGGUUUGUGACCACGUCCGCGAUGACCAUCGGCUACGGAGACUACGCCCCGGUCACGUUCUUCGGCCGGCUGGUGACCAUGAUUUUUCUCGUCUCGGUGCUGCUGCUCGUCGGGCUGAUCGCCGAUUUGCUCUCGAAGAUGCUGGCGGAAACGGCCAGCGGGCAGGGCCGGUACGUGGUGAAAUCGCGGGUCCCCUACGUCAUCUGCGUGGGGAACUUCUCGCCCGCGACCGCAAAGUCCGUUCUCGCGGAGUACUUCCUAUCUCACAGAAAAAAGCUGGCAGGGCAUAUUUGUAACGCAAAAAAAAACACACAGAAAAACCUGUCAUGGGCGACCUCGUAGCAUGCUAUUUCGGGUAUGCAAUACAAGCUUUUUUGUCUAUUUAUUUUUGCAUUACAAAUAUGCCCUGCCAGCUUUUUUCUCUGGGAUACUUCCACGACGACCAACACGCGGUGCACCGGGAUCGGAUGGAGAUGGUCUUCGUCCUGGUCGGGCAGCAGUUCAACGGCGUCGCGCAGGCCGUCGGCGAGUGGUGCAGCGAGAAUCAGGACUACAGUCCGCGCGUGCACGUGUUUCGGGGAAAUAUUACCAGCACGUACGACUACCGGCGCUGCGGCGUCGCGACCGCGAAGGCGGUUCUCGUCGUGCCGAACGUGCAGAACCCGGUGGAUAAACAGAAGGAGGACGUGGACAGUCUGCUCCGCGUGCAGGCGGUGCAAAAGCGGAGUCCGCCAAAUUUGCAAGUGAUCGUCAUCCUGCACUUGAUGCGCAACCGGUACAUGUUCUUGGGCAUCAUCCCCAGACGGAACCUGAUUUGCGCGGACGACUUCAAGUUUCGGCUGUUGGGACGGGUGAAUUUCCUCCCGGGGCUGCCGUCGUUGCUGUGUUCUUUACUGCAGUGCUCGUCGAUGUCCGACAACGACCGGUCGCUGUUCAAGCAGCUGGAGUUAUCCAAGAAAAAAACAUUGUAGGUGUAACUUUUUUGGAGGAACAGCAUUACAAAUUUGUCUGGCAUGACAGCAGAAACCUGUCAUGCGCAGAUAGUACGUGAAAACGCCCUGUAAUGGACCCUACGAUGCAUGUCAAGCAUGACAGACGCAAUCACUUUGCAUGUUGCGCAUCACAAAUUUACACUAACAGCGUUUUUUUCUUGGAUAGGAGUCCUCCUACCAGGAAGACACCUUGUCGAAGAAUCAGUUCAUGCUCUUCCACGACGAGGAGCUGCAUUACGGGCAAGGGAAGGAACUGUACGCGAUCACCUUGAACCCCUCCUACGCGAAGUUCGCCCCGAAAGCCGAGGACAUGCCGUGGUCCUGCAUCGUUCGGGACGUGUUGUAUAUCCAAGAAAAAAACUUUGUUAGUGUAACUAUCUUCGGCUGACACCAUCACAAAUUUGCUCUACAUGACAGAGAAAACCUGUCAUGCGUGGGUUGUAAGGAAAAACACACAUGAAAAAAGGGCUUCGUGGCUGUCUGGCAUGACAGGCGUAAAUCUGUUGCAUGUUCUGCAUUACAGAUUUACACUUACACGACAGUUUUUUUUCUUGCAUAUUGUACCGGUCGAAGAACAAGGACGUGUUGCUUCUCGGCUACAUUCGGUACGACCCGGCAGCGGACACCAGCUAUCUGAAGUAUGAAAAGGAGGUCAUUUUUUUCCCGCCGGAUUACGACCUCGCGUUCUCGCACCCGACGAAAACCAAGGUUCUGGGCAUUUUCAUCGCGUCCGACGCCUUCGACAUCCGCCAGCGCCCGAGCAUGGACGUUUUCACGCUGCCCGAAGUGGACAGCGACGAGGAGGAGUUCGACGAGGCGGCAUUCGACGCAGCGGACGAUGAGGAUAAGGAAACGGAGGAGUCGGAUUUGGAGAUGCAGCCGGCACUGGCGGGGAAUUUGAGCUUCAAGAGUACUUCUAGAGUGCUUUGGUUGGAUAAUGCUUUUCUGUGUUAGAGUGAUAGGUAGAAGUAGAGUAGUAGUCCAGCUCUAAGACUAAAAGUCAAUUUAGUAGAUUUCAUGGCCUUCUGCAUUUUGCUUAUGUGAUACCAAAAUUAAGGAGCUUUGCCACGUCGUCACCAUUAUGACAGGUGAAAGCGACAAGACCGUUUCGGAGCGCGCUCUGACGAAGCACGAGAUUAAGAUGCAGCGUCUUGCGGUUCUUGCGGGUGUCGACCCCCCCGACUUGUCUCAGAACUACUCGAAGCACGAGAAGAUAAAGGCGGAGAAGGCGCCGCCGAAAGUGUACUACAGACGGAAGAUCAUCGAGAAGCAACUGCAGUACCUGCGGCAGCACGAAAUCAGCGUGGAUAACGUGUACGAGAUAUCCUGAGUAAAAACGUACCCACACCAGAGUUGUAAUGCAGAUUUGCAAAGACAGGAAGACUUGUAAUGCGCAUCCCCAUGAGAGCCAUUUCCAGUCGUGUUUUGGAAUUUGUGACGCUGUGAACAGGAUGAGCAGAUGAAUCUGUGACGCGGCUGCACUUGCUAAUCUGCACUACGCUGCAGAGUGCGACUUGUCAUGCGUGACUCACAAAACUCUUAGGUUUGUGUUGCAAAAUCCCCAUCCUGACUCUGGUGUGGGUACGUUUUUACUCAGGAUACGAGAUCGGGAGACGGGCGUUCGCGGAUCGGUAUCUGAACAACCCGCGCGCGCGAUCGCAGUUGAAGCCGGGGGAAAACAAUCUACCCUUCGACUUCGAGGGCGAUCACUUUCUCUACUGCCUCUGCGGGCCAGCGGCGGUGAGUGAUUUGUUUUGCGAACACACUAUGGAGACUCCUCUUGGGUGCCUUUUUCGAGAAUCGAAGUCCGUAAAGUUUAAAGCGCCAUUGAUGUCGUGUCUUGAUAUAUGUCGUGCAACCACGUCCAAGUGUCUUCUAUGCUUCUUGUCAAAACAGGUCGGCCUAUCGCUUUCCGUACUGCUGCAAAACCUGGCCCUCGGGCUAGAGGAGGACGGCCCCGAUUACUCCGAUGAUGAGUGGGGGCAGCAAGAAGUGAAAGUGUACAGCAAGCAGGAGUCUGGGGAGGCGAUGGACAUGCGCAUGCUGGAGCAAAUGGACGAGGAGCAGUCGGAGUCCGCCAUGUCUCUGAUUCCCUCGUCCCGAAAGCGGUUGCGGAAGAUCGUUUUGGUGGUUCUGUCAAAAAGAAAGCCGUUGGACUGGGACGACGCACUGGCGUUGGCGCGCGAGAAUCCGCACUUGAUCCCCGUGUGGGUGAAGGGCAGCCCAACAAAAAUGCUGGAUUUGGAAAGGUAUAUAGAUUAUGGCAUGGGCAUUGGCGCAUUCAAUAAGUAGGCAGCAAUGUUGACAACGGCAGGAAAGAAACAGCCUUGAUACAUAGUCAUCUCCUCCAAAAAAAAAAAAACAGAUGCAGUUUCCGGCGGGCCCGCGUGAUUUACGUGCAAGGGUUUCCGACGAGGCCCACGGACGGGGAGUGUAUUUUCUGCACCCGCUUAAUUGAGUCCACGAUUGGUACCGACAGCAUGGACCCCAUGCUGCCCAUCGUCGUUCCGGAGCUGACCCUGGAGGCGAAUUUUCGCUAUGUGCCCCUCGGCUUGUCGCCGAAGGUGGAUCACCAGGUUUUUGAGGACGCCAUGCACGCGAAGCGGAAAUCGUUCAUGCGGAGCCAGGAGUCCUACGCGUUCACGAGCAACGCGUUGGCCAAGCAACCCUUCACGAGAUCGGCAAGGUACUCCGCCGGCCGGUUGUACGUGAGCAGCAUGCUCACAUCGCUCGCGGUCAACCAGGUUUUCAACCCCGACCUGGGCACCCUGAUCCAGAUCAUGUCUGACGCUUUGAUGGUCGUGGAAAUUAGCAACGAGUACGUCGGUCAGCCGUACGGGAAACUGUGGAAGUUUCUCCUCUCCCAGCGCCUGCUCGCAGUAGGACUCCUUCGAAACGCGGUCACGAUGGCGAAAACCCUCGGAGCGGCGACCGCGCUCGGGCUGGUUUCGCACGAGUUUCCGAUCUGCGCGCCUCCGAAGGACGAUGUGCUGCUGCAAGAGGGAGAUCGGGUGUAUGUCAUGAGACAUGGAUUACUGUAUACCUUGGAUAGUUAGGAGGAACCGCAGUACAACAACUUCUACCAGGCUUCUGCUCCUGCUUUUCAUUGUACAAAAACUUUGACCAAAUUUACUACUUUACAAUUUUUGCUACAUCAUCUGCUCUACUGUGUUUGUGCAUUUGCUACCGAAUAAAUACUUUGCGUUCGAUUGAAAUUCUGAAUACACGGACGACGAUAACGAUAUCAACUGGUUUUGCGCAUGGUUCAAAACAGAUUUUGCACCGAAGUAGACCGCGGCUGCGCUUCGUGUACAAAAAAGCGGGAUCGACACAGCAAAG